UAGGGUUCCCUAGCGGGCUCCUUGCGUGGACCGGCCCAAUAUCUUUAAUUAGGCCCAAGGGAUAUUAUCCCAUCACAAACAUGGAAAAAACCAUCUUCGCGGUGGUAUGUACGGUGAAGAAGCUCACCCCAUAUUUUCAAGCCCAUCCGGUCCAUGUAUUAUCUCAAAUUCCUAUCGGAACACUUCUCCGAAGCCCAAACGCCCCGUCGUGGGUCAGCAAGUGGGGAGUGUUCCUGGGAUCUUUUCAGAUAGUGUUUAAGUCACGACCGGCGAUAAAGGGGCAGGCAUUGGCAGAUUUCGUGGUAGAAUGCACCGCAAGAGAGGUGGAGUCCAGUGGAGAAGAACCCGAGGGGAACUGGUGGACUGUGUACACUGACGGUUCGUCCGCGACUGAUGCUUCGGGGGGAGGUGUCGUGGAAAUAUCACCAGAAGUGUUCAAAGCAUACUACUCCGUGAGAUUCCGGUUUAGAGUCUCAAACAAUGAGGCUGAAUAUGAGGCGCUGCUUUGCGGUUUGAGGCUGGCAGCUUCAUUAAAGGCUGAACGAAUUCAAGUCCGAUGCGACUCCAAAUUGAUAGUAGGCCAUGUCACAGGAAAAUUUGAAGCCAAGGAUGAGCGAAUGAAGAAAUACAGGGACACCGCACUGGAGUUGCUUAAAGCAUUCAGGGCAUACCGGAUAGAGCAGGUUCCCCGAGAAGAGAAUGCCGAGGCGGACAUUCUGUCAAAGCUUGGUUCGGAUUCCCCAGAACAUAUCAAGGCCAUGACCCAGGAAGAAGAGUUGCUCGAGCCAAGCAUCGGUCUCGGACGAGUACUGGUCAUCACGCUCAAGGAGCCGGCGGAUUGGAUCAAUGAGAUUACCAUGUACAUCCUUGACGGGUCGCUACCUACUGACCCAAUCGCAGCAAAGGAAUUCCAAAAGGUGCCGGGGCGACCGGCAACGAAUUAUACCCUGAUCAGCACGACGAUUCCCUUUGCGCGGUGGGGCAUGGACCUGGUGGGUAUUUUGCCUCGGGGGACAGGGAAUAACAUGUAUCUGGUAGUCGCGAUCGACUACUUUACCAAGUGGGUCGAGGCUGCCCCUGUGCCGACCAUCACUGAAGAACAGAUGAGGAAGUUUGUGUCCAAGCAAAUCUUGUGCCGGUUUGGGGUGCCCCAGCAGAUUAUCACCGACAAUGAAAGCGAGUUUGAGGCUAGAGGGUUCAAUGAGUUUCUACAGAGCUGGGGAAUAAAACGUAGCUAUGCAGCGGUUGGUUACCCCCAGACCAAUGUGCAGGUCGAGAACACUAAUCGUACCAUCAUAGAUGACCUGAAGAAGAAGAUAAUGGAAUGCAAAAGCGCCUGGGUGGAGGAAUUGCCCUACAUCUUGUGGACCUACAGAACUACCCUGAGGAAGGCCACGGGUGAAACUCCUUUCUCACUCACAUAUGGAUUUGAAGCGAGGGCUCCAGCGGAGACCUCGUUGCUGAGUUAUAGAGUGGAGACAUUUGAUGGCCCGGAAAAUGAAGAAAACUUGAGGGCGGAGCUGCACCUCAUUGAUGAGCGAAGAGAAAGGGCGUACAUACGGGCAGAGAACUACCGUCGGCAGGUCAAGUCAUAUCACGACCUGCAGGUGCGACCAAGGCAGUUCAGAGUGGGCGACUGGGUCCUUAGGAAAAGGGAGGUUAGUCGGCCGACUGAUGGGGGGAAGUUUGCUAAGAGCUUCGAAGGGCCAUUUUUUAUAAAGGAGGUGUUGGCCGAUGGGACGUUUAGAUUGCAGACACCAACUGGAGGCGACGUUCCGCGAGUAUGGAAUGCCGCCAACCUUAUUAAAUUUUACCAAUAGAUUGUAUUCCAGCCGUAUUUCUCUCUUAAAGUUUAAUAAAACCAGCAUUCUGGCAUAUCUUGUCCUCAAUUCUAAAAAAAAGCGACCAAAAAAGAUCGCCAAGGAGCGACCAAAAGAGAUCGCUAAGCCUGAGUUGUAUGGUG